GUCAUCGAUAGCAAUGGUCUCCACUGGAAUGAAGCCCGCUCCCUUGGGCAGUGCAUACAGGACGCAACAUCAGGGUAACGAAUCGGCUACCGGUGAUGGCCAUCGCACCAUACCACGACCGACGCCUACGGAAUUUCGUAAGCUGGUAUCUGGUCCCCAAGAAAACAUCAUCCGUGCAAUGGACGUAAGUCAGCCGAUCUUCGAGGACUUCAAGAAAAUUCUGCGCGAUCAAGCCGUAAUGAUGCUUGAUUGUGAGAGGUUUCUCCACGAGCAAGUCCCAGACAUCUGGGCCAUAUAUUUAGACUGGGCUCGCGAGGAAUUGGCAUCAUUCCUUUCCAAGUACACCGAUGCAUGGCCAGUCGAGCUCUAUAUCGAACAUUACUUAUCCAAGAAAACCUAUGCCAAGCGUCACACCUUCAGAGCCAAGAUGACGAGGUUAAGGCCCGCCCAAAAAACUGUUCGUGUUAAGAGUUCUGCCUCAGAGCGUGGUGCGAGCUUGCCACCUGCUCCCGGUGGUCCACCUCCACCUUAUGAAGAUCACGACUUUGUACAACCUCAUGCGGCGAAUAACGAUGACAUCACUGUCGAGAACUUUCUCAAGGCUGUUAACCCUGACCUUAGCCACUUCCUCCCCGCGUUUGAGGAAUUAGGGAUCAGCAGCGAAGCGGACCUGGUUGUUGUGAGGUCGUGGGCUCCUGGUGUGAGAAAGGAUUUUUUCGAGAGAGAAUUGAUGGGGAAGAUGAGCGCUCUCCAGAUCCAGGCUUUGAAUAUCAAGCUUGGGGAGAUGAAUUAGCGACCGUCCCAAAGUUAUGAUCUUUUAGUCUUAAGCUUCACAC